UGUUGCUCCUCCUCAACGUCUCCGACUGUGAUCUCACCAUGUUCAUCUACUGUGACAUAGCAGUGCUGAUACUUGUGCUUACAUUUUGUACAGAAGCUCAUGCAGGUAAAAUCAUUGGUGGCCGUGAGGCUGCACCCCACAGCAGGCCGUACAUGGCGCUUUUGUCUUGCUACGACGAUAAUGGUAAUGAAGCAUUUUGUGGCGGGAUCCUCGUGAGUGAAGAUUUUGUGAUAACUGCUGCCCACUGCAAAGCCAAGUCCUAUAAAGUUUGUCUUGGACUGCACACUUACAGCGAAAAUAGUUCAUGUUUGCCUGUGGAGCAAGAGUUUCCACAUAACGAAUACAAUGACGAAAAUUACACAAAUGACAUCAUGCUUUUGAAGUUGUCUACCAAAGCUACUUUCGACAAGAAUGUGCGGCCUAUUGUCCUGGCAAACAAGGGUGACAACAAAUUUCCCGAAAAGUGUGUAGUAUCUGGCUGGGGAGCAACAAGCGAGGACAAUAAAGACAUGUCUCUUGAACUGAUGGAAGCCAAUGUGACGCUCACUCAUGAUGUUUUCUGUACUGAAAAUGCGUAUUGGUCUAUAGGGGAGAAGGGACCGGCUGAGGGAGACUCUGGAGGUCCGUUAGUCUGUGAAGAUGGAAAAGCCUUUGGAGUGAUCUCAGCAAAGAGGCCUGAUCUUAAACUGACCAAGUACACCAAGAUACCCUACUACAGAGAUUGGAUUGAUGAGAUUAUGAAACAUAACUGAGAUUAUGAAACAUAACUGAGAUUAUGAAACAUAACUGAGAUUAUGAAACAUAACUGAUCAGAUAUUUUUCAACAUGAGAAUAUCUUAUGUUAUUUUCAAAUGAAUUACAGUUUUGUAUAGCUUCUUGCUAAUUUGAAUAAGAAAAUAGUUAUUUUAUUUCAAUUUUUUUUUCAAUUUUGCUUGCGAUCCUUAAUAAUCUGGUUUCCUUACUUAGAAACUUUUGAAUCUACUGUGAAUAAUUAAUUGAGCAUACUUUACUGUCAAUUGAAAUGUAUACGUGAUUGAAUAUAUAUAUAUAUAUAUAU